GCAGUUUAUCGCCAUUAUUGUGACACAAGUGUGAUUCUGUACUUAUAAGACACACUUGUUCACAUGCAUGUUGUUGACUUUUGUGUCUCAUGGGGUUUGAGAAUAUAACCAGGAGUUACAGCUGAAAAUACUACAAUACCAAAGACGCUUCUACGCUUGGUGAAAGACCACAGUGGAGAGAGAUGACCUGCUUUCUGACAUGGAUCACUGCUACUGCAGUAUUGUCUACACUUGGCGUAACUGAGAUGUACUAUAAUUUCACCAUAAAUGGCAAUGCUAAAGGAUCUGCGUGUACACUGCCUUUUAUUUACCAUGGAAAAACUUACAACAAAUGUGUGGAAUUUUACCACAACACCUUUUGGUGCAGCACGACUAAUAACUAUGACAAAGAUAAGCAAUGGGGAGAAUGUGUUGAUGAAGAUCCUUGUAUCUUUCGUAAGAAUCUAUCUGACCCUUGGCGCAAUAUUGGCUUUAACUCUACCUCUUUUGCUGAGUGGCCAAUGAAUGAUCUUAAACUGCAGGAAGGAUGGUACCAGGUCUUUGGUAUUGGUGGAGACGUUUUAGAUGGCACUUGCUCAGCCAAUCAUAGUGGUACCAAUAUGUCCUAUUCAAUCACAUCAUGCAAACCAUCUCAGAGCUCAAAUCAGAACCUAUAUAACUGCAUGUUACUUUGUAGUACUAGUUCUGCAUGCUCUCUUACUAGACAAAUUGUAAACCGUGCAUCCUGUCAUGGAGGAUUCUUAUCUAUUAUCUCUUCCCAACUACUGGAAUUUUUUCUACAAGUCAUUCAUUCUGCAGUGCAUCUUCCUGUGGUGAGCAUGCGCAGUGUAAUCAUGAUGGCAGCUGUGUGUGUGACUCUGGACUGUUAA